GCAUAGCGUUGACUGUUGAGCGGCACUCGCCGAGAGUAUAGAAAUAAGAUUAAAGCACUGCUUGCAAGCUUGUUGUGUUUUCGCUUGAGCCGUUUUCGAUUUUACUACUUCCGAUAUUUUGCAUAGUUUAUUCGAAUUUCAAAAGAGAAAGUGCRUCAAGCAAGUAAUAUUACAUUAUUUCUCAUUCUCUGAUGUCUCCUAAACUAGAAUGUGGAUUUGUUACUAUCUUAGACAUAAUUACUUAAUCAACUGUUGUUCAUAUUCAUACCCACAAUAUGGACAUAGAAUGCACCUUUUAAUUAUGGACUAUUCAAUACAAAAUCAAACAAUCAAUUUAAAAACGAAACUAAAUUAUACAUUUUUUUGUAAAUAAACUCAGCAUAAAAUGUCUUCUAGUAGUCCUCCAGUGGAUUAUCAAAAGCCUGUAAAAGUCAAAUCACGGUGGACACAAUCUUGUCAAAUAGAAAUGAUGAUGGAAGAAUCACAGUCUUCAUUAGAUAUGUCUGAUACUGUAACAGAUGUUUCAUCAAGUGAUUUAAAUGAUAGUACUGAUUAUAAUUCUGAAUUUAACUCUUUGGAAUUAAGAAAAUCUCGUAGGAUUACCAGUAAUAGAACAAACUUUAGACAGUCAAAUAAAAAAAAAAAAAUCUCUUCCAAAAAUUUUGAUGAAAAAGGACAUAAAAUGAAACAAUUUUCUUAUACAUCUGAUAAUGACCAGGAAGACACAUGUAAAUACAAUUUAUCACAAGAAUCUAACAUCAUUAGAAGACAUACUUCAGUAGAUUGGAAUACUAUUUCAAUUUUUCAAUCAAAGRGUAUUAAUAAUAUGAGUGAAAUUAUUGAUAAAUUUCCAUUAAAGCCUGUUCGUCGAGCCUCUUUACCAUGGAAGUUUAAGUUCUCAUUUACAAAAGAUGUAAAGGAUAAUAUCAGAUUGUUAGAAAAAGAUGAAUAUUAUAAUCUUUCUAAUGAUAUUAAAUAUUUAAAUUUAAAUAAGAAGCUAUUAAUUGAAGAUAACAAAUUAGUUCAAAAAGAGAAUAUAACAGAUAAAAAUACUUCCCAACAAUCAUAUUCCUUAAAUGACUGUGAUUUGAACUGUAGAGAUUUUAUUGGUUUGAGUAAUAAAUUAUUAAAUAUUACAGAACUAAAUAAAAUAUCUGCAGAAAAUUUAAAUAAGCAUAAGCAAUUUGAUGAGUCGAAUAUGGAUGGAAACCAAUAUAAUGAAAAAUAUCAAAAUAGUAAUUUAGUGAUACCUGAAUCUUUUUUAUCAAAAUCAGAAAAUUUAAAAUUUAAUCCCAUUCAUAAACUCCGAGGAAUUCGUUCCAAAAGUUGUGAUUMCAUAUUGAAAAAAACUCAUCAUUCAUUUAAACGCUAUAAAAGUGUUGAAAGUUUAAAUAAUUUAAAAGAUCCUGUGAUUGAUAGUUUUAAAUUACAAAAACCUGAAAAAAAGUCUCCCAAAAAAAAAAGGCGGCAGUCAAAAAGAAUUAAAACUAAAAAUAAUAAUAUGGAAAUACUUAAUGAUAUAAAAGUUCCAGAAGUUAAUUAUAAUCAGGUAGCUGAUGAAAUUUACAAAGAACACAAAAAUCAAUUACUUGAAGCAAGAAAUAACGAUAUAGAAUUUGAUGAAAAAUUAAAAGCUACUAAUUUUACAUUAGUUGACGAAAAUGUAUACAGACCUAGUAGGCAAGCUUUGAAAUCUUAUCCACCAUCUGAGAUUCCUAUGUUACGUAAGCUGAAACAACGGGUUAUAUCUGGUGAUAUAAACGAUUAUUGUGAGUGUACAUUAUCUAAAGAAGAUAUAAUUGAAGGAAAUACAGGCUGUGAUGAUAGGUGUCUCAAUCGACUGCUUAAAGUUGAAUGUGGGCUAGGUUGUUCUCUUAAAAGAUAUUGUACUAAUAAACAAUUUCAAAACAAACAAUUCAAGAAAACUUGGCAUGUAUUGGGUCAGUCGCGUAUUGGUUUCUUUAGUACUCGGCAUAUUGAAAAAGGCGAAGAAAUUACAUUUGAUUAUAGUUUUCAAAUCUUUGGAGAUGGUGCUCAAAUUUGUUAUUGUGGUUCAUCAAAAUGUCGUGGAUACAUCAAUAAAUCAUCUCAAAUUGCUGACCAUAAUAGUUCUGAGGAUAGUGAAAGUGCUAAUGAAAAUGUUUUUGUACCAAAACCUGAGGAAAAUAGAAAAAAGAAAAGAAACUUGGAAAAGAGGACUGCUUUUAAUGAUGAAAAUAAAUUGAGAGAGUUGGGAAGACAAUUAACAGAAAUUGCCAAAUUAAAAACUGGCUUAAAAGCUGAUCAAGAAAUGGCAACAUUGAAUUUGAAUAGACUUAUGGUACACAUUACAGACAGCGUCAGUCGUUUACAUGUGUUAACAUUUAUACGAGAACAUGAUAUGAACAAAAGACUAUUCAUGGACUUCAGUGGACUUAGUAUUAUUCAUAACUGGAUGACUUCAAAUGAAAAUGAAUCAUUCAAAUUGAUGAUUUUAGAAAUCUUAGCUGAACUACCAAUUUCAAAUAGAAAUACAAUCACGAAAUCUAAAGUAUUAGAUGUUGUUGCUGAAUGGGCUAAAAUACCACAAGAUGUCAAAACUAAAAUUGAAAGUUUAGAGUAUCCUGCUUCAGAAAUUAAAAAUCACUGUCAAGAAAUUAAUAGCUUAUUGCCAAAUGAUAAUGAAAUAAAAAAUAGUCUUGUGGAAAAGUCUAGAGCUUUGUGGAAAAAGUGGAUUGUAUUGAAGAUGGUGUUUAAAAUACCCAAAAAAGUAGAUCAACCUAAACCAACUAGUGAUAUAAAUUCAAUUAAACUUAUAGACAAUUGUUAUCAAUCUCCUAUGGACGCAACUUUGGAUCGAAAAACGUUUAGAUAUUCAAAUAAAUAUGUGAAUAAAGUACGGAAUCUACAAACUUUAUCUUCUGAUCGUAUAAAGUUGAGAAAAGAAUAUCAAUAUAAAGUGGAUCAAGAACACCAAAAAAUGUUUAGGAAAAAAGUGGUGGAUAAUUGGUAUGAAAAAGUCGAGGGAGUAAUAAAACACAAACCUGAUGAAAAUUAUUUACAUCAACACCAGUCAAUAAAUUUCAAUAAUUGUAAUAAUUCACCAUUAAAUAAUAAUCAUGGAAUCAGUGAAAAAVCCAGAUGGGAUUCUAUGUCAGAAGCAAUGCAUAUAGAUCAAAAUUCAAUAAUCAAAUAUAGUAUGCCAGAUCCUUGUUUCAAUUACAUGCCACCACAAGCAGUACAACAACCAUUUAUUCAAUUUCCACAGUAUUCUUAUACACAGUCUCAAGUUUUCUCUGAUUAUCAUUUAGUUAAUCAACCAACAUUUUAUUAUACUCCUCCACCACUGGCAUCUAAUCAACCAUUUCAAACACAACUGCAAAAUCAGAUUACAUCAAACAACAAACCUAUAUAUCAAAAUAUUGAAUCAUCUGAUCUAUCUCCAACAAAACAUCUGCUUAAAUUAGCAGAAACUAAUGUAUUUAAUUUGAUCAAUAACAGUUUACGUAAGCAUUAUAAUCAAGAUAAAAUGCAAACUGUUGAUACAGAAAUGGAACAUUCCAAAAAAUCUUGUACAAGAGCUAUACAAUCUGGUGCAGAUCUAUUAGCAAGAAUUAAAGUUAUUAGUAAUUCUUUUAAAAACCAGCCAUCAAAAUUAAUUACAAUUAAGAACUUAAAACAUAAAAAUGAUAAUACAAAACUUGAAAAGGUACCCUCAUCUGAUAUAAAGUUGAAGUCUGUUUGUGAUAAAAAUAAAAGAAUUGUUUUCAUCAAUGAAGAAAGUGGUGUGACAUCUAACACAUUAAGUGAAGAUCUGAUGCCAAUUCCUAAAACUAUUAAAGUAUCUAAAGAUAAUAAAUUUGCAAAUGCCAUAUUUAGUUCUUUGUUGAAAAAGGUAUUAAGAACUGAAAAUGAAAACUUAGUACCAAAAAAGUUUAUUUCGAAAAAUCUCAACUCUAAUAUAAUCACAUAUGGUGAAACUGAAAAAGAAAUUGAAUUGUAUAAGAAUAUGAAACCAAAAAUCUUAAAAAAAAUAGUUGGUCAUGUAAAAACUCAAGAUGGUUUUUUGGCUGUUAUAAAACGACAAUGGGGAAUUAAACUGAAAGGUUUAAAAAUAAACCGUGACGAAAUACCAGCUACUAAACGUAAUUUAAUGCGUAAGGGUAGUAUACAUCGUUUAGCUUUGAAAAAUUGUCUUGUUAAUACGACAAAAUCAGCAUUAAAGAGACAAAGUAGUAUGAAUGUGGACGACUAUUUAAAAAAACCUAAAGAAAAAAGAGUCACAUUCUGGAUAGAAGGUGAGACAUCACCAAAUUUGCCACACUCAGAAGUAAGACCAAUUAAUUUGAAUCAAAAUAUUAUGAAACAAAAACCUUUUAUGAAGUGUCAUCCAUUUAAAAUAMAAAAUGAACCUAAAUCUAUUUUUCAGCCUUCUUCUUCUGCUAUUCAAGGUGAUGAUGAUUCUCUAAUUCCUGGUCUCAAUACAACUAAUGAUCAAAUCAUAACACCUAUUGUUGCAAAAUUCAAAGCAUCAAGAAAUAGGCGCAUUAGUUUACGAGACAAGUCAACUGAAUUAGAACGAUUACGUAGUCAAAGAAAUCAUAAGAUACCUAUAAGCAUGAUGUCUUUAUCUGUAGAUGUUUUAAAACUCAUUCCUGAUAACAGAAAAGAAAUGAAGAAAGUUAUUGACUAUUAUCAUUCAAUGGCUACUGUAAUAGUAAAGACUUUAGGAUCAUAUGCUAAAAAAACAUGCCAACAAGGGCGUAUAAGRAAUGAUGAAGAUUUUAAAUAUCUUGCCAAAAAAAUUAACGAAAAUGUGUUGUUGAAAGAGUUACAAUUAAAAAAGGUGGACAAAUUAAAAAUAAGUGAUAGUACAAAAGAUAAAGUUGCCGAGUAUAUCAGAAAAUAUAUGUCACGGUUUGGAGAAGUCUACAAAAGAAAACCCAGUGAACAAACUUAUCAUCACAAACCGAAGUAGAUUUUAUGGAAAAUUUUAGUAUUUUGUUUUAGUAUAACACUUUUUAACUGCCAAUAAUUUUUAGGUUGAAGUUGUUAUACUUUUUCUAAGUAUUAAAAACUAAUCAUAAUUUUGAUUUAUUUUAGACUGAUUAGAUACUUUAUAUGGUUGAUUUAAGUAUGACUAUUUCUGUAC